CCAGUUGUUGGAUAUAACUUCAUAACAUAUGGUUCAUUCGAUACGGAACGUUGCAGUGAAGGCUUACUUUACAUCGUUCAGAAACCGAAGGACUUCAAUACAAAAAGAUAUAAGAUAGGAAGAACAUAUAAUAUAACUCUAAGAUAUGACAGUACAGUCAAUAGAGUCAAGGUUGUGUUUGUUAACGAUAUGAGAGCUGCUGAAACAGAACUACUUGAAAAGUUUGAGAAAAUGUAUGGUGCUCCCACGAAAGGUAAAGAAACGUUUGAAGUAGAUGAGAUAGAUAAAGCUAUAAAAUUAUUUGACGAAGUUGCUGAAAAAUACAUGUAA